AUGAGUGGUGAGUGGAGGGCUCGAGCGGGGCCUUUUCCGCUCCCAGAGCGCGCUCGGUGGGGCCGCCGGGGCUCUGGGGCACUGUCGGGGCUGGCAUGGGCUAAAGCUUGCCCGAGGGGACCCCGCCGCUCCGCUGCCUGCUUAGCCAGCCGUGGCUCCGUCCCCCGCGGGCCGAGGUGGCUUUCUCCCUCUUCUCCCCGGCUGGGCUGGGGUCGUGGCGUGGCAGAGGAUACUUUGGCCUCUCUUGCCCUGCGGUGUGUGUUUCGAAUUUCAGGUUCACAGAGCAAUGACACUAAGAGGCAGUUUCUUCUAGAACGGCUAUUGGAUGCAGUUAAACAGUGUCAGAUACGAUUUGGAGGAAGAAAAGAAAUUGCUUCAGACUCUGAUAGCAGAGUCACUUGUUUGUGUGCUCAGUUUGAAGCUGUGUUACAGCAUGGUCUGAGGAGGAGUAGGGGGUUGGCAUUAACAGCAGCAGCGAUCAAACAGGCAGCAGGUUUCUCCAGUAAAACUGAGACGGAGCCUGUGUUUUGGUAUUAUGUGAAAGAAGUCCUGAAUAAGCAUGAACUGCAGCGCUUUUACUCUCUGAAGACAAUUACUACAGAUAUUGGUAGAGGCCGGGCUUGGUUGCGCUGUGCAUUAAAUGAGCAUUCCCUGGAAAGAUAUGUUCAUAUGCUGCUUGCAGAUAAGACUCGACUCAGUGUCUUCUAUGAAGACUGGUCUUUUAUGAUGGACGAAGAACGCUCUAGUAUGAUCCCUACAAUGGCAGCUGGUCUGAACUCCAUUCUUUUUGCCAUCAACAUUGAUAAUAAGGAUUUAAAUGGACAGAGCAAAUGCACACCCACCGUGUCUGAUUUGUUAAAGGAAUCGACGCAAAAUGUAACCUCAUUGUUGAAAGAAUCCACUCAGGGUGUUAGCAGCCUUCUUAGAGAGAUAACUGCAUCAUCUCCUGUCUCGAUUCUAAUGAAACCCGAUCAAGAUGCUGACCCGCUUCCUGUUCUUUCAAAGAAUGUAAAUGCUGAUUUGAAAUACAAAAAAGAUCGAAAAAAGAAGAAGAGAGUGACAAAUAUUAUCUCAUUUGAUGAAGAAGAUGAUGAGCAAAAUUUGGGGGAUGCCACAAAGGCCCUGAUUACAGGAGAAAGCUCAGAGGAGAGUGUAGACAGAUCUUCAGUUUUUGUGUUACCUUCAUCUGAAAGCACUCUUGGAAAAAAUUUGAAUGGAAGUGAGAGUAACCAUUCAUGGAAGAGCAAUUCAGUGUUCAUGAAUGGCGAGUACGACUACCAGAAACUGGAUGUGAAGAGCAUUGAUGAUGAAGAUGCAGAUGAGGAUGAGCUAUAUGGAAAAACAUUAAGAAAUAAAAGCACAGAAGGUGAAACUGAAGCUUCUGAAAAGCCUCAUGCAGUAGGCACAUGCAGUUCUCAAAUAUGCAGCUGGACUCCUCUGCAAGUCCUGAAUGAUGAUUCGGAUGUUCUAUUUCCUGUCAGUGCCAUUGGCUCUUACUCCCAAACAGAUAACUUGGAGAAUGGAGAGGUGAAUGAGCAUGUUCAUGUGGUAGAACUGGUUCCAAGAAGAUCUGAUCUUCCUUACAGAGUGGAAGUCAGUACUCCAGCUCAAGUGAAUACAUUAAGCAGUAUGUUGCCUUCAGCCACUGUGCCAGAAUCCAUGACAAUUAAUGAACUUCGUCAAGCUAUUGUGGCCAUGAUGAAUAGAAAAGAUGAACUGGAAGAACAGAAUAGAUCUCUGAGAAAUCUGCUUGAUGGAGAAAUGGAGCAUUCUGCAGCCCUAAGACAGGAAGUGGACAACUGGAGAAGGAAAGUAGCAGAACAGGAAGAGCGACAUGCAACGAAAGUCCAAGCCUUGGCACGAGAAAAUGAGGUGCUAAAAGUGCAACUUAAGAAGUAUGUAGGAGCUGUUCAGAUGCUCAGAAGAGAAGGUCAAACAGUGGAAGUUAUGCCAAAUAUUUGGAGCACUGAUGGUGAAUUUACUAUCUCAGAGCAAAAGCAAGCAGAAAACACUGAGGAACUGGCCAGCUCUUAUGAAAGAAAAUUGAUAGAGGUAGCUGAAAUGCAUGGGGAACUGAUUGAAUUCAAUGAGAGGCUGCACCGUGCUCUGAUGGCUAAAGAAGCUCUUGUGUCCCAGAUGAGGCAAGAACUAAUUGAUCUGAGAGGGCCAGUCCCUGGAGAUUUGAGUCAAACAUCUGAAGAUCAGAGUUUGUCAGAUUUUGAAAUAUCAAACCGUGCUCUUAUUAACGUUUGGAUUCCCUCAGUCUUUCUGCGUGGAAAAGCUGCUAAUGCAUUCCAUGUUUAUCAGGUUUAUAUUAGGAUAAAGGAUGAUGAAUGGAAUGUUUAUCGAAGAUAUGCGGAGUUCAGAAGCUUGCAUCAUAAAUUGCAGAAUAAAUACCAACAAGUGAGGACUUUUAACUUUCCACCAAAAAAGGCCAUUGGAAACAAGGAUGCAAAAUUUGUAGAAGAGCGACGCAAGCAGCUACAAAAUUACCUAAGGAAUGUAAUGAACAAAAUUAUUCAGACCGUGCCAGAAUUCACAGCCAAUCCCAAAAAAGAAACUCUUAUUCAGCUGAUGCCCUUUUUUGUUGAUAUUCCACCUUCUGGAGAAGCAAUGAGCAAAAGCAACCGCUCAAGAGUGGCUACACGCUUCCCCAGGCUAUCUCGCAGUCAUCAAAGGGAGCCACGAAACCUGGAACCUCAGAGUGGUGAUCUUUGACCCUCUUUCAGAAUUGUGAAUACUGGCACCACAUACUU